AAGUGUUAGGGUUACUUAACACGUUUCUUCUUCCAAAAUCAGGACUAACUACUACAUAUCAGUGUACAACUCUCAAUGCAUACUGUACAAGUCAUAAAUGCAUAAUCAUUUUGGAUCUUGAGAAAUUAUGCUCUGGCGAAGGAUUUUCCCAAAAAGACAAACAAAAUCCAAACCACCACCGCCCCAACCACCACAACCACAGCUUACGACGACCACCACCCAUCCACUACGCAUACAAUCAAACCCCUCGCGAUCGUCACUUCCAACCACCGCCUCCACUUCCACCUUCACCGGCGCCGGUCACUGGUAAGAACAAAAGAUGUUCAGGGAUGAGUCGGCAUGCAAUACUUACAACUAUGGCGACUCCGUUUACUGGGAUGCUCGAUACAUUCACGAGGCCUCCGCCGGUUCAUUCGAUUGGUAUCAGCGUUAUCAUGCCCUUCGUCCUUUUGUUCGAAAAUACAUUCCUACCUCUUCUCGCGUCCUUAUGGUUGGUUGCGGCAAUGCAGUUAUGUCAGAGGACAUGGUGAAGGAUGGAUAUGAAAACAUCAUGAAUGUUGACAUUUCAUGUGUAGCUAUUGAAAUGAUGCGAAGGAAAUACGAGCAUAUUCCUCAGUUAAAAUAUUUGCAGAUGGAUGUUCGGGAUAUGGGCUUUUUUCUUGAUGAUUCAUUUGAUAGUGUAAUUGAUAAAGGAACUCUUGACUCACUCAUGUGUGGAACUGAUGCUCCACUUAGUGCUUCUCAAAUGCUUGGGGAAGUCAGCAGGAUUCUUAAACCUGGAGGGAUUUAUAUGUUGAUUACAUAUGGUGAUCCAACGGUUAGGAUGACUCAUAUAAACAAACCAGCUUACAAUUGGAAAAUAGACUUGUACAUCAUACCUCGGCCGGGGUUUCAAAGGCCACCAGGUUCAACUUCGUCUCCUAAAUCAUGCCUGUCACCUGUUCCCACUAACGACAAAGGAUUACUUCCUGCUGAUUAUGUUUUAGAAGAUCCAGAUUCUCAUUUCAUUUACAUCUGCACAAAAACGGGUCAAGACCCGGAUCUCAGUGACUCAGUUGCCUUCCUUUGACUCUUGACACUUAAUUACAAAUAUCAUUUAUUAAUAAACUGUUUGUAAAAGUUAAACUAGCGGGGUUAGAUGUUCUUAAAAUACCUAAUGCUUUGUUCUUUUUUUCUUUCUUUCUUUUUUAAUAUAUAGAUUUUCAUUGGAUUGUUGAUUUUGAUGAAGGUAAUUUUAAUAAACAGUGACCGAAAUUCAUACGUUUCUACAUGAUUAGUUCACGAGUUUUGCUAAAAUAAGGAGGGAGUAUAAUAAGAAAGGUAGGCAAGCAAGCAGUGUGGCAUUUCCUUCAUCUGGAUGUGUCAUGCAUAUUUACAUCCAUUUAUGAGUUUGAAAAAUGUUUUGAAGAAUUAAUCAACCACGGUUUCUGUCUAGAACACUAACAAAGAAAAACAACUCCACCUGUUAACUAACUACUUCACAAAUUGGAGAUAAAUUCAAUCCUCUAUUUAUUGAUACCAAAUGUUUACUUAUAAGAAUAAGUUAUCUACAUGCUAAGAAUUCACCCCAUUUGAUUAAUUUCGUAUUUUAGAAUCAGGAUAUUAAAUACAUACAUCUAAUGCACAUACAAAUGACUUCAUGAUCCCAAUUGAUCUUCUACUAAGGCUUAAGGCAAUAGCAUCUACUCUGUACGGUCUAGUCAAAUUGACCACACACCCAAGGGAUCA